CUGUAGACUAGCAAGCACAAGGUUGUGUGCUAAAUUACUUAACCAUAGUAACUGUGUAAGAAUGCGUUCAAGAACCCAUGCUCAAAUAUUUUAGUAAGAUAUUCCAAAAUGUUUCCUUUCAUUCAUUCCAAAGCAAAAUGGCUGCGCCCGAGAUGGAAAUGACAACAGACCGUGUAACCCCAAGUGUCACAGAAGCAUAGAUUCUUUUUUUGGAAAGAUUCUAGUUGCGUGUCGUCUUGGUCUGACCCAAGGCAGUUAAAUCAAAGUGUCGGUGAACGGUCUCUAGAUCCGCCAGCAUGGGGAGGUCCGGCGCCCUGCACCAGAUGGCCAUAUUCAUGACCGUGCUGACUGGUGGCGGCUGCGGGAUGAUGUACUAUUUGAUGCAGAAGAACUUCUCUCAGGCAGAGUACUACCGUAUGGCCUUGCAGCAGCUGGAGGGCCACUCCACAGCCAUGGCCAGCCUGGGGGCCCCGCCACUGAAGGUCCACAACCUGCACCUGUCCGACAGAUACAACCGCAUGGACCACAAAAGGGCACAGAUAAAGAUUCCUGUGACGGGAUCCAAAACCGGAGGCUACCUCUUCGCUACGUCUGUCAGAGAUACUUUCAAGAACAGGUGGCAUCUGCAGGAGGUUGUUCUACAGCUGAGGGAAGGGGAGCGUAUCGAUGUCUACACACCCGAGCCUACCCAGCUACCCGUGCUGCCAUGAUACUGCUUCGCUUCCCUGACUGCUAGUGUCCUCUUCAAAACUACUGUACUACCCUGACAUAAUAUCCAGCAGUGAUGACCACCACACACACACGCACACGCACACGCACACGCACACACACACACACACACACACACACACACACACACACACACACACACACACACACACACACACACACAGCAGUGACCACCAUGCCUAUCACUUCACACCUGAACAUUUUCAAUGGAGCUGGAAAGCAAUACUGUCUUCAGAGGCAGAAGCCAGACAAAUCCACCACUGACAACAAGCCCUUUCAUCAAUGCCAAUAAUCCUCGUCUCCAAGAUACUCUGCAUGAUUAUGACUGGGACUUGGUCAAUCAGAAAGUUCUGAUUGUUCUGUUGUGGCGUGGGAUUUAAAUACUAUACAUCUAUAAAGUAACACAGGGACUUGUUGAGUGCUAAAAUAUUGUUGCUGAGUUAUUGUAAGGAAGUAUUGCAGAAAUGUCUCAGUUGAGACGGUGUUCUUCAUUAAAAACAUUGAUUGUGA